AUGUCGUCGAGCGGGAACGGAGGUUAUGGAGGAUCGAGCUAUUUGGGGGCCGGCUAUGGCAGUUCGGCCUCGAAUCCUUACGGGUCCAGCUCACAAGGACACGGAUCCGGCACGACUUCAGGCGUAGGCACAAGCACUUAUACCACAGGCACCAGCGCAGCGACACCCAGCCAGGACAACACCACAACCACCGCCGCCACCGCCUCCGCCUCGAGCAGCCGCUACCAGGCAAACACCAGCCGGCGCCGGGCACCCCUGCCAUCCCGCCGGCGACGCACGCCAUCCCCGUAUAUUGAGCAAGCGCCCGGCGAAAGCGACAACGGCAACGACAGCGACAACGGCAGCGACAGCGACAACGGGAGUAACAGCGACAACGGCAGCGAGAGCGACAACGGGAGCAACAGCGACGGUCCCCCGCUCGUCCAGGACACAGACUACAGCUACCUGACGGCGGCCGACGUGGAUGCUGCCGACCUGCAGCGGUGGAGCAGCAUGACGCCCGCCGACCAGCCCGCGGGCCCCGGCCAGCUGCCCGACUGGCUCCUCCCCCACGGGCAGCGGUUGGCCAGCAGCCACCACAGUUCCGACUGGACCACGUCGGGCGAGGCUGAGCAGACGACCGGGGACGUGCAGCACGGCUACAACUACCCGUACGGCGGCGGCUCUGCGUGGCAUGGGUACGCCAGCCCCUACAGCUAUGGGCAGGCCAACCCCUUCAGCUCUGGACAUGCCAAUCCCCCCUACAGCUAUGGGCAAGCCAACCCCUUCAGCUCUGGGCAGACCAACCCCUCCUACAGCUAUGGACAUGCCAAUCCCUCCUACAGCUAUGGGUACGCCAACCCCUACAGUUAUGGGCAAGCCAACCCCUACAGCCAUGGGCAAGCCAACCCUUCCUACAACUAUGGACAUGCCGGCCCCUCCAACAGCAACUCGGGACACGGGGGCGACAGGGGCGCGCCGGAGAUGAAUUCGGGCGGUGAGGAAUCUUGGAACACAACGGUGUUUUCGCACCUGCCGCCCUCGCCUAUUCCGAAGUACGUGCGCGAGCGUCGGAGGACUGGGAGGCGGAGUCCGGUGGACGAUGAGCCGGAUUAA